AUGACAUGGCAGCAGUGUUCACUGGAAUCUGUGUCAAUGCCAGAGGUUUUGAAUGGCAAAAUAAUGAUUAUUUCAUCAGGACAGUUGGAUGCCAUUACAAGGGCACGCCCUAUUCUCUCUGCUAUGAGUGAGAAACUUUAUGUUUUUGAGGGGGCACUUGGUGCUGGAAGCAAAAUUAAAAUGGUAAUAGAGCUGCUUGAGGGCAUUCAUUUUGUUUCUUCUGUGGAGGCCAUUUCUCUUGGUGCCCAAGCUGGUAUUCAUCCAUGGAUAAUUUAUUACAUUAUUUCUAAUGCUGCUGGAAAUUCAUGGGUUUUCAAGAAUCAUGUUCCCCAGUUGCUAAGGGAUAAUCAAACCAAACAUCUCCUGAAUACUUUUGUUCAAAAUUUGUUUGCUGAUCUGCUAUUCUUUUGGUUCUGCUGUGAUGUUGCUGCUGUUGCUGAGAUGCUGUGGUGA